CCGGAGAGUUGCGAAUGACAGCGGGAAAAGCCGAAGCGAAGCCCCGGAAGCUUCGUCGUUACUGGUCACUGUCAGCCUGUUGUUUGAGCGAUGUGCUCAAUCUGCCGAUGCUCCACUGUGUUGGCUGCGGGUUUAAUAUAAAUGGAAAUAGAAAUAUACUGAUAAGGAGUUCCUCGCGUACGAGGCAAAGUCGGCAAAGGUCUCAGCCAAAGUUCCCAUCUGUGCACAUGUGCUUCUUCCUUAAUGGUGCUCAGCACACCACAGCAUGUUGUUGUAAAGCUCAGUAAUAUCAGGGCACGAUGGAGUCUUCAAACCACCGGCUACGAGACAUGGAGCAGCACCACCCGCUGCUGGCCGCCGGCGCGGACGUAGAGGCGGGCAGCCUGGGAGCCGGGGUGAUGGUCGGAGGUCCAAACGCAGGGCACUCAGAAGGGAACCGCACGGUCUGGUUCAUUCAGGACAGCUGCGGCAUGGUGUGCGCCACCAUGACCUGGUUUCUGGUCCUGUACGCAGAGUUUGUGGUGAACUUUGUCAUGCUCCUGCCUGCCAAGAACUUCUGGUACUCUCUGCUGAACGGGGCCACCUUCAACUCGCUGGCUGUGCUCGCGCUGGCGUCACACCUACGCACCAUGUUGACUGACCCAGGUGCAGUUCCUAAGGGCAAUGCAACCAAGGAGUACAUGGAGAGCCUGCAGCUGAAGCCUGGAGAAGUCAUCUACAAGUGUCCAAAGUGUUGCAGCAUCAAACCUGAAAGAGCACACCACUGCAGCAUUUGUAAACGAUGCAUCCGGAAGAUGGAUCAUCACUGUCCCUGGGUCAAUAACUGCGUGGGAGAAAAGAAUCAGAGAUACUUCGUUCUUUUUACUAUGUACAUAGCCUUGAUUUCCGCCCAUGCUCUGGGCCUCAGUGGGAUGCACUUCUUCACAUGUAUUAAGGUGCAGUGGAACGAGUGCAGUGACUUCUCACCGGGGGUGUCGGUCUUGUUGCUGAUCUUCCUCUGUCUUGAAGCCAUCCUCUUCCUCACUUUUACAGCUGUGAUGUUCGGCACACAGAUUCACUCCAUCUGCAAUGAUGAGACGGAGAUUGAACGUCUUAAAAACGAGAAGCCAACAUGGGAGCGUCACAUGAGGUGGGACGGAAUGAAAUCUGUUUUUGGGGGUCCACCGUCCCUUCUGUGGUGCAACCCGUUCACGGGCCUGCGUCUGCGCCGUCUGUUGGUGAUGACCCAGGGUCGCCGCGGCGGCUCCGAGUUCUCCGUCUGACCACCUGGGCAGUGAUGGAGCUCACACAGGUUGGCUGUCUAAAGCCCGAUUUCUUGUUAACCCGCCUUGCGGGGGCUCAGAUGGACCUUUUCAUCCAGAGAGCGCGCCUAGGGAGGGGGUGACACACAGGCUGGACCCUGGAGCAUCACAACUCUUGACUCCCACCGGCUGUUUAACACCCAACACUAUUUGUGUUGCUCUGCACUUGUGUUCCCAAUAAUCGGGCUGUUAGUCCUUUUUUAAUUUGUUUGUGUGGAUUUUGGAAAAGCACGAACAGAACUCGAGAUUUUUAUCCCUCACAACGAAAAGUAAUGUUGGAGACGCAAAUAUGUGAUUUAGAGCGAGCGUCUUCGUCAUAAGGGAUGUGAACGGAGUUAUGUUUUAUCGUCUCUGGAAGAAGGCAAAAGGAUCUCAAGGGGAGAAAUGCUCAGUACUUAUCUGGAGUCAGACAUGGGAACCACAGUCCAGGAAAUGCACUACAUUGUUUAAAACAGCCUGGUGUGUAGAGCACAACGAACAGCAGUGAUUGAACUGUGUGCUCCAACAUGCAUGUACAACAGACCAGUCAGUCAGCCUGGAAGUGGCUGUCUUUUAAAGAAACAGGCCAUGGUGAACUCGAGCCUUAUUUUUAGUCAAGAGGACCAAAUGGGUUUUCUCCUCAAGUCGUCCUCUUCGUCUUGUAGUUUUUUUUCUGUUUCUUUCUCUUUUUUUUUUUUUUUUUUGUGCUUACGGGAGCCUGUAAAAAAUAUUCCAUUUUUUGAGUGACUGCUGACGCCUUAUCACCACGACCACUCCUCUCCAGCUAACCGUGACGACUCACAGGAGAUGACUACUGCUGGUCUGGGUCAACGUUUGGAUUAGAAAGUCAUUUUCCAUAAAUCUAUAGAUUUGCCAUUCAUCCCUGCCUACAUGCUGCUUAACGUCUCUGGAGCUUUUCUGAAACAAAUGGUCAGAUCACUGAUAUGCCUCCCUGUAUUUUCAUUGCAAAAUAAUUCAGGCCCUGGAUUGAAUGUUACCGAGUCUGAAUUGUUCUCCUUUUUGUGUAUCUUUUUUUUUCCCGUUGUGCUGUGAACUGGAGGAGACUUUUCUGUCUGGUAAGAUUAUACAAGAACACAAUAAUGAGAUUAUGUUGCAUUCAAACACUGAGAACAACCACUCAAGCUGUUCAAGACGGAGCCAAGUCUGAGACAUGGCUGCUUUGCAUGCUGCUUGGCAACUGUGUGGUGCUUUUUUUGUUAAACGGUUCUUCUGAAAAACUAGCACAACAUUAUCGGGCGACAAAACCAAGCUUUUUUUCAUUUCAUUACACAGUCUUUAAUAGUGAACCAUAACUUGAGGAGCUCAACGAUGCCUUUUUUUUCCACUCUACAAUUUUAAACCCCUGCAAUAUCAGUCAGCAGAGCAGGAGUGUAUCAUAGCACUAAAGCUGUUAAAAUGAUCUAUUGUGUUUGUGAAGAUGCCCACCUUCACAUUACCCCAUGGCAGGAGUGAUCAGCCUGUACGCACUUGAGGCCAAUGCUUCCUGAAUUUAUAGUUAAAUAUUGUCUAAAAAGCUGGUGGUGCUUCAAGUAUUGUCAAAUUAAAUCUUUUAAGUCUCAUAUCUUUAGUUGUUGUUAUUAUAUACUGCUGUCUGUUCUCAUCUGUGGUGGUCAGGAAAGAAAAAAUCUCACCUGUUUACAUAUUAAAACCUCCGAGGACAUAAUGAUUUGAUUUUAUUUUUAAUGUUUUUAGGAAAACGCUGUCAUAAGAAUGUAAAAGCUACCUACGUUAGGCGCAGGGGACAGAACACUGAGCACACAGUGACAUCAGGGGACUUUCCUAAUGCUGGCCUCUUGUAUCCGUUUAUUUAGCUGCUCUGUAAGACGAUCACAGCAUAAUGUUGGUAUACUACUUGUUUAUAUUCAGAACUGUUCAAACAGCAUGCUUAGUAAAAA